AGAAGAAGAAGUGAAGAAGAGGAAGAGGAAGAGGAAGAGGAAGAGGAGGAGGUGAAGAAGAAGAGAAGAAGAAGAAAGAGCAGCAGUAGCAGCGGAGCGUGUGAGCAGCUUCUCGCCGGAGGAGGAGUGAUGGGCUGCGGCCACAGUAAGAAGAAAAGCAAAGGCAAGCGAGGAGAGAAGAGCCAGAAGCUCCAGAGCGGCCGAGAUGACGGAGGUAAAAGUGCGUCCGGUGAGCAGGACGUCUUCCUGGAGAAGCAGCUGGAGCGCUUUGAGUGGCAGCUGAGGAUUCUGAAGGAAGUGCUCUUGGCCAAUGGGAACCUGGAGAGGGCGGAGCUUCUCAAAGACCACGCUGACGUGGACGUGUGCGCCCUCGUCCUGAGCAUCCUCGACAAGGUGAAAACGGAGACGACGGCCGAUUCAAACGUUUUUCACGAACAGAAAAGUAAACUUGCGACUGAGGAACACGAGCGACACGUGGAAGAUCUGCUCAAGAGACACGAACAAGAGAAAAAUCAACUGACAGUCAAUUUUCAAGUUGCUGAAAACGUCCUGAAGGGGGAAGUGGAGGAGCUGAGAGCAGAGCUGAAGGUUUACAACGACCUGAAGAAGAGAGCUGAAGAUUCCACGUUCAAUAAAGACCUGCAGAGAAAUAUUCAGGCCCACGGCAGCCCAGGUGCAUUCUGGGAGUCUGAGCAGGAGUCUCUGGUGUUCGUCAUUGAGAUGAAGAGCGAGCGUGUGCAGGAGCAGAGCAGGAAGCUGCAGCAGAUGGAAGAUCUGGUGGAGAAGAAUCUGUCGUUAGAAGAUCAGAUCAUCAACGUCCUGCAGCAGAACGAGGAUCUCCGGGUCCGGAUCGACAACUGUCAGACCCUCACUCAGCAGUUACUUAAGGAGCAGCAUGACCUGAAGGUGGCGCUGGAGAGGCAGGCAGCAGUGAACCAGAAUCUCUCUCAGGAAAAAGAGCAGCUGAUGUUCAAGCUGCGACACAGAGACUCGUGUCCGACCCUGCACCUGCCCGUCAUGGUGCACGAGAUCGCGCCCCGAUGACUCCAUGGAGGUCAAAACCAGACUCAUAAAGAUUCUCAAGCCUACGAGCCGUUUGUCUGGUUUGUCUUCAAACUGGGUGAGAGCUGCACAUCCUACUAUCCACCAACAGGAGGCGUGGUCCAGGUUUGAAUCCACAUCAGGUCGUUUUAAAGUCUGAGUCUGUUUGUCCUCUGAGCGGCUUCACCAGCGAGGCCAAAGAACUCUGCCCCCUGCUGUCCGUGAGACGCCAUUACAGCUGCUGCUCUUCAGCCGACACAAGGACUCAAAGAUCCUGAGAACAGACGUCAGGUCGUCUCCACUGAUCUGUCGUCUGCUCCUCCGGCUUCUCACUCGGGAACGAGUCACAUGUUGUCACGGUCUAAAUGUUUUGUAAAAACCUGCAAGUGAAACAACUUUCAGAUCAAACACGUUCAGAUCCUGUUUUAAUGCUGCUGAUGAGUUCACCGUCUCAGAGACGUCACUUCCUCCUCGUCGAGAGCAGGUUCUGUGACCUUUGACCUUCUGCUCCUCGUUCCCUCAGCGCUAGUUUGUUCCCUCAGCUCUGGUUAGUUCCAUCAGCUCUGGUUAGUUCCCUCAGCUCUGGUUAGUUCCCUCAGCUCUGGUUAGUUCCAUCAGCUCUGGUUAGUUCCCUCAGCUCUGGUUAGUUCCCUCAGCUCUGGUUAGUUCCAUCAGCUCUUGUUAGUUCCCACUUCACACUCAUCUAAUCCACUGUGUUUUUCUUUGACCUUGAGUCAGAUGGAUCUUCUGCUACAGAGAGGCUAGCGAGUCUGAGUCGUGUCACAAUCGAGCAUCAGCGCCUCAGACACAAAGAGAGGUUGUGACUUCAGGAAGGUUCUGCUGAGCCCAUUUGAUAGAAAUCAGUUUGAACAGAACUUUCCUAGAACAUAAAGAACCGUCUGAGGCUUCUUCAUGUUCCCCGAGUCUCAGAGAGAAGAGUGAACCUUGUUCCUCACGAACUGUUUACAAUCCUGAUUCUCACCAAUCACAUGUUGCCUUUCACAAGCUUGAGGACUUGAUUUACUUACUUUUUGAAAAUGUGAAAAUGUGUUUGACAGUUUAUGGAAUUUAUGGGAUGUGACGUUGAAAUUGCCAAAAAAAACCUUUGUCAGUGUUUUGACAGUUUCUCCUUAUGCACGAGCACUUUGACCAGUUUUCACCUGGAGUUUGUAUCAGAGAGAUUUUUCAUGUUGUACAGUUUUGAACUUUUUCAGCUUCUUACUUGUAGAAAUGUAUUUUAUCUUCUUCUCGGCUGGUUUCAAGUCCAGCGGUUUGUUUUCGUCGUGCCUCGGCUUGAAUAAAGAAAAAACUGCAACUGAAACUC